AUGGCUACUGCAGUGUCCACCGAUUGUUCCCCGGAUCGUUCCACGGAGCUGUCCUCUGCCACCAACGCGCUUCAGUGGAGGCAAAUUGGAGACUAUUACGAGCUACGGAAGCGGAAAUGUCAAAGAGUACACUCCAAGAAAGGGAAAUACUUUGACCUGGGUUUAUUUUACAAAGACGGAAAGUUUUAUGCGAUGACAGCCUGGUGUAGCCACAUGGGUGGCCCGCUGUAUAACGGAGAAAUAGAAGAUUAUAAUGGAUCCGCCCACAUCAUGUGUCCAUGGCACGGCUACAUGUUUGAUUUAGAAACAGGCAAAAACGAAAUAGGUAUUCGACAAGACGUUCACCCGGUCAAGGUUGAGAAAGGACAGUUAUAUAUUCAAUACGAAACAGAGCUAUCAUUACACCCUUUUCUCUAGACAAGCCUUCACUUUCUACUCGUUUCUUUAGAAACUAUUUAAAGAGUGA